CAUUGCCGUUAGCUAAGCUAUCCGUGGUUAUAUAACGCUUCAUGGUGCCUGUUUUCCUCAUGUUGGUGGAGGAGUUGACGGGUAGUUGGUUGUGUAACCAGGGUCACUAGGACCCCGCAGACACCUAGCAUGGGCGGAGAAGCAGGCGGAGAAAGGUGAAGUUCCCCUCAGAGGACUGAUCAGAGGUCAGUUCUGUAAUUUCCCCAAUGACGCUUGAGGCAGCGAAGGGGGCUCGCGGGCACCGAUCCCCAGUCAGUUUAUUUCAAAGUACUACGCUACGCAUUUUGCUAUCGACGUAAAAGGAUAAACAUAGACGGCUAGGCUUUAGCUAGCACACAGAGUUGAUCUUUACAAGCUGCUGUGAUGGUUCCCGUGUUAAAAACUACAACUAACAACCCCCCCCGAGCUGCCUAACGUUACAUGGCCAGUUGUCGCUGUUGACGCUGUUCGGGGUUAGCGGCGCCCCGCGGCUUUGAUGCAGCGAGGAGCAAAGAUCCAGACCAGACGUCCAUCAUAAUCCGCAGUGUCAACAUCUCCAUUCAACUCCUGCUGGCGGAGGGUUACUGUGAGCUUGGAUCCGCUAUGCAAGCCAACACAACGCGGGGCUUCCUGUGGUCGGACGUGGAGACGAGGACCUUGUUGAACAUCUGGGGGGAGCAGGACAUCCAGACGGCGCUGGAUGGAAACUUCCGAAACAGCUUCGUGUACCGCGACGUCUCCCGGCGGCUGGCGGCGAUGGGCUUUGAGAGGACACCGGAACAAUGCAGGGUGCGGAUCAAAAGCCUCAAGAGACAGUACCUGUUAGCGAAGGAAGGCAAUCUGCGGAACAACGGGCAGUAUCACAAGAUCUGUAAGUUUUAUGACACCAUGGAGAGGAUCCUGAGCAACCGGCCCGCUCUUGACCCCCAGGAGUUCAUAGACAGCGGGGCCGGAGGAGAGGAGGCCGUGGACGGCCUGGAGGAGGAUGGAGAGGAUGCUCAGGAUGUAUACUCGGAGAGCACAGGGGAGUGUCCUUAUCCUGCAGAGACUGAAGUGAAGUUGGAGUACCCAACUGUCCCCAUAUCUAUUCCAGUUAAAGUGACAGUGGGCAAUAACAGCGCUCCAGUGAGGCCACAUAACAGCAGCCAGCCGGCCAGUAAUUUGUCGUCCAGAACACCUAAGCGGCAGAGGAAGCGGCGUGCCAACUUCCCCAUGGAGAAACUAAUGGAGCAGUUCCUGGAGCAGAGUACCCAGGCCGAGGAGAACUUCUACCGCAUGGAGGAGCAGCGCUUGCAGGCAGAGGACCGCCGCAGAGAAGCCGAACACACCAGAGAGCUGCACAUGCUUCAGAUGCUCGGCCAGAUGUUCUCCAGCAUCUCCUCCUCCAGGCCCAGCUCCGCGGCCACACCCUCCAAAACGGGUCCUCCUACCCGUGCUCCUGUGUUCUCCAGUGCCUCCCCGUCGUGUACACGUGGCCAAUCCGGUCACGUCAGACGCCCUUCACCCCAGACAGACUGUUUCACCCAACAAGGUCAACUUUUGAACCCCGAUCCGCAGGCACUAGUGUUUGAACGCUACUACAGUUUGGGGUCUACGUCACACAGAGGCAUGGACGAUGACCUCAUCUCACUGAUUAAAAGCAUUGUCCCUCCACUGACAUCCAAAAAGCACAAGGGACAAGAUGGACGUAUUGGGAUCAUUGGAGGAUGCCAAGACUAUACUGGAGCUCCAUACUUUGCUGCCAUCUCAGCAUUAAAAGUGGGGGCUGACUUGUCUCAUGUGUUCUGCACCAAAGAUGCUGCAACUGUAAUCAAAUCAUACAGUCCUGAGCUCAUCGUUCACCCUGUUCUGGACAGUCCUAACGCAGUCGAAGAGAUAGAAAAAUGGCUCCCAAGACUGCACGGCCUUGUGGUGGGACCAGGUCUAGGGAGAGAAGACUUGUUACUGAAAACAGCCAAGGAGGUGAUAGAGAAGUCUAAAGCCAGAGAUAUCCCUAUAGUCAUUGACGCAGACGGCUUAUGGCUAGUAACACAGCAACCAUCUGUCAUUCAAGGGUAUCCGAAGGGCAUCCUUACACCUAACUUCAUGGAGUUCACCCGACUGUACGAGUCACUGCACCAUGAGCCCAUGGACAGCAAUGAUCACCAACGCAAUGUCCUGCAGCUCAGUGUAGCCAUGGGCAACCUCACUCUGGUGCUAAAAGGAGAACAGGAUAUCAUUACAGAUGGCAGUAAGGUGAUCUCAUGCAGCAUUGAAGGCAGUGGGAGAAGAUGUGGUGGACAGGGUGAUCUUCUAUCUGGAUCUUUGGGAGUUUUGGCACACUGGGCCCAUGCUGCUUCUGCAGCUGGACUAUUGAGAAGUGUGAAUCCAUCGGUGGUUGCAGCAUACGGGGCCUGCUCUCUUACAAGACAGUGCAACAGUCAAGCGUUCCAGCGACAUGGCAGGUCCACUACUACAUCGGACAUGAUCCAGGAGAUUGGAUCAGCCUUCAAAAAGUUGUUUGAAAGCUGAAAAGGCCAACUAUAAUAAAUAGUUUUAAAAGCUAUAAAUACAUACUCAGAUUUGCAUUCUUAAAAGCUGUUAAUAUAACCUACGGGUGGGCUAGUAGAAAAUGUUCUCAUCAAGCUGAAUUUGAAUGAAGAUGUGGACUAUGCUUUCAAAGACAGCACUUAAAAUGUGGUGCACUGACGUUUUAGGUGUAUUAAAUGAACUCUGCAAGAAAACCAACAAACA